UUCCCGGUGUCUUCCUAGGAAGCCAGGAAGGCCAGCAAGAUCCCGGCCUGGCUGGGGGUGUCAGAUUUCAAACUGAGCCUGAGCCACUCAGAGAGCCUUGCGAUGCUGGGGACCAUCCUCAGACUCCUGGUGGGUGCUCUGUGUAGUGCCUGCAGCCUGGGCACUGUGAGAGCCUAUCCUGACACUUCCCCACUGCUUGGUUCUAACUGGGGCAGCCUGACCCACCUGUACACAGCUACAGCCAGGAACAGCUAUCACCUACAGAUCCACAAGGAUGGCCAUGUAGAUGGCACACCCCAUCAGACCAUCUACAGUGCCCUGAUGAUUAGAUCGGAGGAUGCCGGCUUCGUGAUCAUAACAGGAGCUGUAACUAGAAGAUUCCUUUGUAUGGAUCUCAGAGGCAACAUUUUUGGAUCGCAUCACUUCAGCCCAGAGAACUGCAGGUUCCGCCAGCGGACUCUGGAGAACGGCUAUGACGUCUACCUGUCGCCGCAGUAUCACUACCUAGUGAGCCUGGGCCGUGCCAAGCGCCCCUAUGAGCCCGGUACCAACCCGCCGCCCUUCUCGCAGUUCCUGGCGCGCAGGAACGAGGUCCCGCUGCUGCGCUUCCAUACUGCACGGCCACGGCGCCACACGCGCAGCGCCGAGGACCCUCCCGAGUGGGACCCGCUGAACGUGCUCAAGCCGCGGCCCCGUGCCACGCCGGUGCCUGUAUCCUGCUCGCGGGAGCUGCCGAGCGCCGAGGAAGGUGGCCCUGCGGCCAGUGACCCACUGGGCGUCCUGCGAAGAGGCCGCGGGGAUGCUCGCGGAGGCACAGGAGGCGUGGACCGGUGCCGCCCCUUUCCCAGGUUCGCCUAGGCCACCAGACCCUGCGGCCUCAGCCUCCAUCCUCCAAUUGGCGCAGCCCACGUACAAGGUGGAAGGUUGGGUACCUGCUUCUCUCCUUUCCCUUUGGGACUCAGAGUUACCUGCAAGGUCCCAGCCAGGCACCAACAGUGGGAGGCUGGAGAGAUGGCUCAGUGGUAUAGAGCCUGUGCUGCUCACACAAAGGACAGUUCUCAGCACCCACAACUACCUGUGAUUCUAGCUCCAGGGGAAUCUGAUGCGUCUAGCCUGCCUGGACACCUGCACUCAUAUGCACAUACCCCCACACACAUACACGUAAUUUAUAAUGUUAAUCUGUUUUGAAGAACCUGGGUUUUAAUUUUUUUUUAACUAACAGGUAAACUAGACACUUGGCUUUAAUUAGCCUGCUUCUUACCUAGCAUUCUCACCGAUCAAUUAGCAUUUAGAGACAGAGGUCCAGGGUUCACACCUUGAACACAGGAAGAGGCUGUCUCUAUGGCUUUCAGUUUCUGUUCUGGGACCCACAUGGGUUCUUGAAUUUGAGCAUCGUAAUGGCUUCACUGGGCAAGUUGAAGAAAACGCUGAUUCUACCCCUACCCCCCCCCAAUUCUGGAAGAACUUUCAAAAUAAGAUCAGCAGGAGGCGGACUAGAUCCAAAGGCACGGUGAACUGAAACAUGUUCCACAAAGCUCAGCCUCCCUGCAGACUGAACAUCCUUUGCCAGAUUCGUAGAAUGAGUGCCAACCCUACUCUGUUUCCAGCUCUGUGUGAUAGAGCGACUUUUUCUGCCGCCCUGGCUUAGGAAGGUCCACCUUGCUAGGGUGUUUUGCAAAAUGCACGAACUCUCUGGAGAGGUGUCUUAGUGAAAGCCUCCACCAGCUAGUUGAGUUUUGAUGUACUCUAGGGGAAGUGUGGAAAUGCGCCAGGAAAGCAAGAGCUCCGGUGCUGUGGGCUGCUCUAGGUGAGGUUUUUCUGUGGACUGAAAACAAAACAACACCCCUUUUUCCCUCUCCUAAGUGAAAUGGGAUCCAAGGUCUAGCUGGCAGGAAAGGUCUCUAGCACGGUUUUAGAAAGAAACGGAGGCUACUCUUAGGGCAUUAAAUGAAGACACUCUUUAGGUGUCCCCGGAACUCCAGGCUGUCCUGGGGCGAGCAUAGCCUCACAGUGAACAGCCAGAAGGUGUUAGGCAGGCUUUGACAGUCUACUCUCCUCUGAGCCUUAGCUGGUGAUAGGCCUCAACCAAGGGCAUCCCUUUCUACCUCUCUUUAAAUGAGCACCUGAAGAUAGAAGAGUGGCGGAGCAGAUUCAGCAACUUCCUGUUUCCACUGUCUUCAUGCACACUUAGAAAUAGAUCUACUGUUUUUGUUUAUCAGAGAAACGUCAGGCAAUGUGGAGGACCAGCUCCCACUCUGAAAUAGUAAAACCAUGCAGAACAGUAGAUGCCAUACACCCCAAAUCUUUUCCUCACUGGCUUUCACUCCCCGCUGGGGGUAUCAUUCUGUACGGCAGCCACUACAGGCCCCCCCACUGAGACAGCCAUGUGGAAGAACCCAGAAAGAACUUGAGUAGCAAACUGGUUGUAAACGCAUCAGCUCAACACCACCAUGGGGCUUUCUUUUUGGCAGAGCUAAGGUAACCUUGUAAUUUCUUAGGUCCCCUUGCAUGUGGCAAUAUUUAUUUAUUUAUUUGGAAGAUUUUGCCUACCACUCUAUAUUUAUAGUUAUUUAUAAAAUGUAACACCACUUCUUUCAUUCUGUUUUAAAUAAAAAUAAAAUUUCUCUCAGCUUCUGUUUCUUA